AUGGGGAUCCACCUUGAGGCAGCGAUAAGCAGUGGUGGCCCUGCACUCGGCCGUUCUGGGCAAAGAUUUCCUCCUCAACUCGUCCGGCGGCAAGCCGGGGGUUGGGGUUUUCACCACUGA